AUGUUAAAGAGUUUCAUAAGAUCAACUUUAAAUAAAACCCCCUAUGAACUUCAAGUUAGAGAUGCAACACGAGUUGGCAGAGACCAGGACUGUGAUCACCCAGGGAUUGGGGGUAAUCUUUGUGGCACCCAGAGUCUACUUCCCGCAUUCUUUAGAGAUAUUUGUAUUUUCGGGAUUCGCAACUCCAGCUACAACCCCUGGCCCUCGGUUUCUCCAGCUCUUCCAUCUUCACCUGCCCAUCAGUCGCCAACACUGCGUCCUUCCCCAGCUGCGCAGUCUCCCGAUCCUCAGUCUCUAGCCCCACAGCCUUCACAUCCAUCUCUAGUUCCACAGACUACUCUACCGGUGAGCCCGGUGGUGAUGAUCGAUGUUGACACUUCCAAUGAGAAGGAGAUGGAGAUUCAAACUAAGGAGGUUUCUACACCAGCCACGGCAUCCGCGGGCAAGGCACAGUCCCCCGCAAAUCCUCAGGCAACCCCUACUCCCGCGAGUCCUCUGGCCGCCUCUGCUGAGCCACGUACAGAGCCUGCCGAUAUUCUAUCAUCUCCGGUUGCCGCCACAGAGCCUCCACAGGUGGAGCGUGUCCAUCCAAACUCUUCCAUGAUGAUGGUGCUCAUAUUUCCCAUCGAUGUCACUAAGCGCUCCCUCUCUAUUGUUACACCUCCUAUCCCUGGCUUGCGACGUGCGAUGGUGCAUCUGUCGAGGGACAUGGCAGUCAGCAUGGCACCUGCAUCAUGUGCUCCCGCCACAAGUACAUCCUCCACUGCUCCAACCUCUCGUGCACCACCUACUACCCCAGCUGCUCCCGCGUCUCCCGCUGCUUCCACAACCCCUGAGUCACUAGCUGUUUCUGGUAGUUUUUCUGAGGAUGAUGUGACUACUUCGAGCACGCCAUCUGAUGCGGCUCACAGAUCUGAUAUGAGCACCCAGUCCGAUGAUUCUGGAGAUCUAGGGUCGGCAACUCCGAUGAUGACGCGAGUGGAUCUACUGAGGAGGGGUAUUGAUAGCUCCGUGGAGUUUUAUGUUCUCUUAUGA